AUGGAUGAUGAUGAUGAUGUGGGAGGUGUACCACACCAUCAUGUGGGAGACCCUAACACCGGGAACUUGGAUGAUAAUGAUGAUGUGGGAGAUCUUGAUCCAUUGGAUGAUGAUGAUGAUGAUGUGGGAGAUCCCGAUCCAUUGGAUGAUGAUGAUGAUGAUGUGGAAGACGAGGACGAGGGUGAGGGUGAGGUUAUAUAUGAUGAUGAUGAUGUGGGAGGUGUACCACACCAUCAUGUGGGAGACCCCGACACUGGGAACUUGGAUGAUGAUGAUGAUGUGGGAGGUGUACCACACCAUCAUGUGGGAGACCCCGACACCGGGAACUUGGAUGAUGAUGAUGAUGUGGGAGAUCAUGAUCCAUUGGAUGAUAAUGAUGAUGAUGUGGGAGAUCCCGAUCCAUUGGAUGAUGAUGAUGAUGAUGUGGAAGACGAGGACGAAGUUAUGGAUGAUGAUGAUGAUGUGGGAGGUGUACCACUCCAUCAUGUGGGAGAUCCCGACACCAGAAACUUGGAUGAUGAUGAUGAUGUGGGAGAUCCCGAUCCAUUGGAUGAUGAUGAUGAUGAUGUGCAAGACGAGGACGAGGUUAUGGAUGAUGAUGAUGAUGUGGGAGGUGUACCACACCGUCAUGUGGGGGACCCCGACACCGGGAACUUGGAUGAUGAUGAUGAUGUGGGAGAUCCCGAUCCAUUGGAUGAUGAUGAUGAGGAUGUGAAAGACGAGGAUGAGGGUGAGGGUGAUGGUAAUGUGGAUGAUAGUGAAGGGGUGUUUCCUCUAAAAAUAACCCCAAUAUUUGACACGGAACCUACAGAAUCUACAUAUUCAAAUGACGAAAUUGAUAAGAAUCCUCCGAAGCGACAAAAUCCUAAUCCAGUGGGGUUAGCCAUGACCCACAUCAGUUCCGAGCACCAGUUGCUUGCAUCUCUCAGCGAGAAUCUUAUGGGAAGGGUUUUGGCCUUGUUUGAUUUUUCAGUGCAAGUGCAAAUACCUGUAUUUGGGAAAGAUUAUGAACAUGUUAGCAAUGUCGAUGUAAGAAUGUCCGAAAUUGCUGGUGAUCACGAUGAUAAGACGAUGGAUGAAAUAUUGCUUCUAUGCAUGUUCCUUAUGCUAUUGAUUGUGAAUUCUAUUGAUAUCUUUGAAUUUACAUCAGAACCUCAAGCAGAUACUGCGUAUUUUAGUUUUCAUAACCUUCUUCAACAGAGUGAGAAUCUUGUGGGAAGGGUUUUGGGCCUGUUUGAUUUUUCAGUGCAAGUGCAAAUACCUGGAUACGGGGCUUACACCGACACCGAAAACUUGGAUGAUGAUGAUGAUGAUGUGGGAGAUCAUGAUCCAUUGGAUGAUGAUGAUGAUGAUGUGGAAGACGAGGACGAGGGUGAGGAUGAGGGUGAGGGUAAUGUGGAUGAUACUGAAGGGGUGCCUCCUCUAGAAAUAAUUCCAAAAUUUGACACGGAACCUACAGAAUCUACAAAUUCAGAUGACGAAAUUGAUGAGAAUCCUCCGGAGCGACAAAAUCUUAAUCCAGUGGGGUUGGCCAUGAUCAUGAUCAACUUCCCACAUCAGUUCGGAGCACCGAUUGCUUGCAUCUCUCAUUGGGAGCAUGUCCCUUCAUUCAUGUGUGGCCUUCAAUGA